CUUAUCCCGUCGCGAUUCAGUUCCUGUGAAAAAUAAAAAUGGUGUUGUUGUUUAGGCAGGAAACUUGACGUGCGAAAAAAAAUUCAGUCUUGUGUUGCUUCUGUUACGAGUAGUAUGCAACUAUUUAGCGAACUUAGGAGUCUCCUAAAAUGAGCCGCCACAGGACACCAUCAGUGUUACAAAAACUUGGAAUAAAUUCAGUCAAAAAAUCCAAACACGAGGACAAUAAUAAUGGGUCAAAAGCACAACAAAAAUGGCUCCAUGCAGCAAAAGAAAUACGAGACAACUUUGUUGUAUAUCAUGCAAAGUAUCUUGGUUCUGUAGUGGUUGAGAAACCCAAAGGUGUUGAAGUUGUUAAAGAUGCCGUAAGAAAAAUAAAUAUUGCAAGGCAGGUGAGAGUGUCAGAAGUUGGGAACAAAUGUAGCAAGUUACAGAAAGUUGAAAUCCACAUCUCUAUAGAAGCAUUAAAGGUUAUGGAUGCUAAGACAAGGAUAAUGAUAUGUAACAGACCAUUGCACCGUGUUUCAUACUGCGCAGAUGAUCAUGCUGAUAAAAGGCUGUUUAUGUUUAUCGCCAAAGAUCAAGAAACCAAAACGCAUCAUUGCUUUGCAUUUUUUUGCGAGAAAGAAGCAGCAGACUUAACGUUAACUCUUGGUCAAGCAUUUCAAAUGGCUUACAGGAGAUAUGUUGAAAAGGAGAAGAAGGAAAUGAAGGAGAAUAAGGAGUUGAUGACGAUAGAUAAAGAGAUUGAAAAAAUUAAAAAGGAGAAGGAAAAAGAGUUGAAGAAGGAACCUGUACUUACCAAUGGAAACAGCACGCCUGAAAGAGGGAAUACAUCUUUGAACGAAAACUUGGCAGUGUUAUCUCCUCCUCCCACACCUAACUACCAGUCUAUUUCUAACCCCUAUCCAACAAGUCCUGACAUUUUCUCACCUAGUGUGUCGAGAAAUAUAUCAUUCGAUGCAGCGUUAAACACUAGUGCUACUAAAAAUGAGGAUGUGUUUGAUCCAUUUGGUAAUAUACCUACAACGCAAACUGUCAAUGGUAGUAAUCAAGCUAUUGAAGACGGGGGGAUCAGUUUAUUUCCUGUCGACAGUUUUAACCAAAGCAAUAGCUUUGAUGUUUUUAACUAUAGUACAAGUCCGAAGGAUGAAGACUUUCAAACAAAAUACGACCCUUUUGCUGACACGCCGGAUUGGAACAGCGUUGCUAGUGAAGAAGUUGCACAAACCACUCAACAUAGUAAUAUCAACCCCUUUUCAGACAUUUCAGCUAGUGAACAAGGAGGGGGUUUUAAUCCUUUUGGCACGCCGUCCACUGAUCAAACGCCAAAUGGUAUGAAUGGUAGUGGUCAAUUUGAUGACUUUUCGACAGAUGAUAGUAAUAAUGAUUUGUUCUCGCGAUACCUCUCCAACGUUGUGGCAAGUCGAGAAUCAUCCAAUCAAUUUAAGAGUGCGGAGAAUAUAUUUGUAGAAAAUAAUGGAAGUGGAGACUUCAGUGCUGUUGUCAAGAAUGACGUUCUCCUUAACGAGCACAAAAGCAAUUCUUUUAUCAACAAUUCUGGAUUAACUGCCUUCGGGAGCAACAACGAGCAAUUUGAAGUUAAUUUUGAGUCCAAUUCUUCCAAUCAAUUCAAUCAGUUCGAGACUAGUUUUGAUCAACUAACUUUGAAGGAGCCAAACGGUGCGGUUUUGUCUGAAUUUCAAGAAAUUAAUGAUAGUUUUGGUUUUGAUGGUAAUAAUGCGUUGAAUACGUCCGCUCAACAGGAGGUCACACCCAGUAAGGAUAUGAGUUCGUCCACAAAGACAAUUCGGCCACGCCCUUCGUCUGGAAUUGGGUUAAAAAGUUUUGGUUUACGUGCACCACCCACGAAACGAGACAUCAAAGCCGCAUCCACUGUACCGUCGCCAUCACUCAAAACUACUGCCACAGUGGUUACCCACACACCUCCGCAGCAACCGCAAGAAAAGAAAUUUGAAGAAAAAAUCAUUUCGUCGAGUCAUAUUUUACCUAAUGUCGAUCGAAGAAAUAGUACUGACCAUCUUAGCAUGAAAUCUUUACCAAGAACGGCUACCACGCGCACUGUGCAGCCACUAAGAGAUUCGAUUUCACUGGCCUCCAAAAGUCUCGACGAUCUGGCUGGCGGAGAUUCAAAUAAACAUUUCAAUCCGUUCUCAGCGUCACAUGACGAGCUAUCUACUCGCCAUCCUGGUGGUAUUUUUGAUAAUAACCACGGAAACCUGGAAAUGCCUCUCUCAUCUUAAACGUAAUUUUUUUUAACACGCAUAUGUUUCGGGUUUUUUUAAGGAUAAUUUAUAUAUGAUUUUGCAUGGAUUCAGAAAGAAGAUAUUCUCUACUUUUAGUUUGAUAGCACUCAAGAAAUUUCAUCUUCUUCCUUAUCCUUGCAGAGCUGAAAAUUAGUUAUAAUAUAGAGAAAGGAUACAAAAAAUUAUUUAAAUUAGAUUAUGCUGAUUAUUUUCGUUAAGAACUAGGUGCUCACGAGAUUAGUGAUAAGAGACAACCUAGUGUUUUGGAUCCAUUUUUUAACAAAAAGGACUGGGGAGAAGAAUGGCUAGGGCCUUGUGAAUAUCAUUUGAGAAUAUGUAGGAUUAGUUUUCUCUCUAUCCAACCUUUUUACUUUUUUCAUCAGUCGUAAUUUUAUCACCAGAAGUCGCAUGUUUGUCAAACAUUGAAAGUGUCCCUGAACAAGUGUUCUUCGUCUCGAAAACUUGUCAUCGUUUUUAUCACCGUCACUGUGAGCAGCUACCAUUUCCCUGCUGUUUUCCGUGAACUGUGUUGUUUUUUACCAAAAUGAUAUUAAAAUCAACUUGUCUGUUAUUGUUAUUGUUAAUGUUGAGUAAUUAUUUCUAAUAUUCCGUCAGUAUUAAAUGUGCUUGUACAGUAUUUGUAGUAGUUGACAACCCUGUGUUCUCAUUCGGGAGGACGGUAAUCAAUGAUGUAGGUGGCACCCUUCUCUCUUCUUUAUAUUGUUACCCACAUUUUGUUUGUCUCUGAUCGAUUUUAUAGUUGUGAUACGGAAACAACAAAUGAAAAUGCGAUAUAUUUAUCAACUUUGUUUCGACAUGUUUUCCUAAAGUCGUUUUUUUGUUGACAUUUUUUAUUUUUUUUUUAAAUUAUAAAACAUCAGGACUUGUUUACCAGCGCCACUUUCGAAUGCACAGCCAGGGUAAAAAUCCAUCGGUAUAUUUACAUCUGUUUACUCUGCGUUUUUUUUUUGUUGAUGUAGAAAAUGCGUGCCUAUGUAAUUUAUCCUAUAUUUUAUUUAUUUAAAUUUAUAGUUUGUUCUUGCUAUCUUCUUUAAGAUUAAAUCCCCAAAUGUAGCUGUAAUAAAAUCUAAUUCCUUUCUCUCCUAAUUAGCUAUAUUCUAAUACCUUUUCAUAUUUUUACACUCUAGUAUAAAAUAGGCAUUUUGCAGGUUGAAAUGAGCGCUAAAAAUUUGCUUCUUUUACUCAACAAGUUUUGAUCUUCUCUGAUAAAGGUAUGAGUCUGAGAGGCAAGAUGUAUAAUACCUCCUAGUUUCCCAGUCAAAAAAUUAUGCAGGCAGCUUAGUGUUUUAUUUAUUAGAGUUUUGUAUAUAUGUAUUUUUGUUUCGUUAAAAAAGUGCUUUUGUAUAUUUUAAA